UGGCAGACGUUCUCUGAAGCACUCUGGAGACGGAAAAGUGCUCGGAAGAAGAGGAGGAAGACAAGGUGGAGGCAGGGGGCAAUGAGCGAGGAUCUGGACCGCCUCUCGGUGGAUUCCUGCGCCUCCUCGGUGCCCUCGGCAUCAUCCUCGCCAUCCAACGCCAUUCCUCCAGUGGGACUCAGUGGUGGACCCUCUGGUCCUUCUGGCCCUGGGGCCUCAGGACCCGGGAUCCGCUUGCUUUCAACCAACGUCCGGAAACUCCACGGGGCCCUCAACCUCUUGCUGAGCGAGACAGAGCGGGAGCAGUUCAUCCACUGCUUGAACGUCUACCAUUGCCGGAGGAACGUCUACGACUUGGUCCAGACCCUCAAGGUCCUGCUGGACGGACCAGAGAAGCGACAGCUCCUGCCCAUGCUCCGCCUGGUCAUCCCCCGCUCGGACCAGCUCCUCUUUGACCAAUACACCUCAGAAGGGCUCUACUUGAAGGCCGACUUCUUGCCCGGACCUAGCGCGGGCCUCGAAGUGGGUCUGCCCAGAUCUCCAUUGGCCGUUGGUGCGAUCCCGACCCCGACCCCUCGAUCGCCCUCGGUGACGCUUCCGUCUGCCACUACUGCCACCACAACCACUCGCCUCUGGUCCUCUUCUCCCCUACCGACCUCCGGGAGACCCCUUCCAGUGGAUUUGAGCACCACCAUUGAUGGGACAGCUUCGUCGUUGGCCUCCUGGGGAGUGGAGACCCUCCGUGGAGAAGUCCGUCACGUCACCCUCAAGCGCCACAAGGCCCAGGAAGGUUUGGGCUUCAGCAUUCGGGGCGGCUCAGAGCACGGGGUGGGCAUCUUUGUGUCUCUGGUGGAACCAGGCUCCUUGGCAGAGAAGGAAGGGCUCCGGGUGGGCGACCAGAUCCUGAAAGUCAACGAUAAGCCCUUGGACAAGGUGACCCACGCGGAAGCUGUCAAGGCACUCAAGGGCUCCAAGAAGCUGAACCUCUUGGUCCACUCAGUAGGACGCAUCCCCGGAGGCUAUGUUACCAACCAUAUCUACACUUGGGUGGACCCCCAGGGACGGAGCGUGUCUCCCCCAACCGGACUUCCCCAGCACCAGAGCAGCUCCCUGCGGAAGGAUGGCGAGAAAAGGAGCCACCUCCAGCUCCUCCAAGAAGGCGAUGAGAAAAAGGUGAACCUGGUGUUGGACGAAGGGCGAUCCCUAGGACUCAUGAUCCGAGGCGGUGCAGAAUAUGCUCUUGGGAUUUACAUCACAGGUGUGGACAAAGGCUCUGAAGCAGAAAGCACUGGACUGAAGGUUGGGGACCAGAUUCUGGAGGUGAAUGGCCGAAGCUUUCUCAGCAUCCCCCACGACGAAGCGGUGAAACUCCUGAAGUCUUCACGUCACCUCAUCAUGACCAUCAAAGAUGUCGGGAGGCUGCCUCACGCUCGGACCACCGUAGACGAGACCAAGUGGAUAGCCAGCUCCCAGAUCGGAGAAACCAUGGUCAACCCAGCAGGGGUCUCUGGCGAUCCCACGGCAGAAGGGACAGCAAAGCCGUCUUUUUACAGAGGCUUGGCUGGAUCCCAAGUAACCCUCAGUAGCCUAGUGAACCAAAGCCGAGUGAUGUUGGAGGAACAAGCCCGUCAUCUCCUGAACGAACCCGAACGAGCCACUAUGGGCUAUUACUUGGAUGAAUACAAGGAGAACAACAUCCCAGUGGAUGCCCUUGUCAUGGCUCUCUUUGAAUUGCUCAACACUCAUGCCAAGUUCUCGCUCUUGUCGGAAGUGAGAGGCGUGAUCUCUCCUCAGGACCUCGACCGUUUCGACAACCUGGUUCUGAAGAGGGAGAUCGAAUUCAUGAAGGCCCGCCAGCCUUCGGGGACAGGAACGGGGACAGACUCCUACUCCGUGAUGUCUUACAGUGACACUGUCUCUUCCACCGGGAGCCACUUUACUUCCACCACUGUCAGUUCAGCUCGGGAGCGACUCUUGUGGCUGAUUGACCUUAUGGAGAAUGCAUCUGACAUAGAAGGAGGAGAUGGAAGCCAAAGCAGCGUCAAUGCCCUUCCUGACAUCUCCCUGGAUGACGUUUCCGCUUUCCCCGAGGAGCCUCCAGCCUUCAAACCUCCACCUCCUCAACCUUCACCAAAAAUGGCAGCCACAUCCUCUGCUCCUCAGAACAAACAGAAAGAAACCCUCCAACGGCCCUCCUCCGAAUCCUCCCAGUCGGGCCUGUUCUUUGUAGCCCCCCGUAACCCCACUCCUCCUCCCAGUCUCUCUGAGAAGGAUACAGUCAGCCUCGCCUCCUCGUCCUCCACCACCGCUUCCUCCACGGACGAUUCCACCUCCAGCGCCAUAUACGCCUCCAUCAAUCCCGCCACCCAUCAUGCCUCCAGAAGGCCCGCCGAGACCCACUUGUUACUGGUCAACCAACACCCAAUAAGGCCCUUUCCUCGGGUCCAGUCCCCGACACGGCUAAAGAGUCCCUCUCCAGAGACCACAGGUUCCACCACUCUCCUGCGUCCCAAUGCUGCUUCCCCUUCACCGCCACCUCCUCCAUCCCAUCCUGCUCCUCUCCCACCGGCUGAAAAGGGAGGCUUGGAGGCUGGGACCACUCAGCACUUUAUCAUGGUGGAAGUCCACCGGCCCAACAGCGAGCCAGACGUGAACGAAGUGAGAUCUCUUCCCCAAGCCAGAGCCUCAACCCUCUCACAACUUUCAGACAGUGGGCAGACUCUCAGCGAGGACAGUGGCGUGGACAUCGGAGAGGCAGAGGUCAGCGCCAGAGAGAGGAGUCGGACGCAGGGUCCCAUCAAAAGCCGGAGCCCCCAGGAAACCCCCAGAGCUGACAGGCGGGUUGAGGCAGCACCCAAACCGCCAGGCCUUCUAGAACCAACAUCCCAUCUGAUCCGGGUGGCCAAGAGUGCCCCGACCCUGGGCAUUGCCAUCGAGGGAGGUGCCAACACGCGGCAGCCCUUGCCUCGGAUUGUGACCAUACAGAGAGGAGGUUCGGCCCACAACUGUGGGCAGUUGAAGGUGGGACAUGUGAUCCUGGAGGUGAAUGGCGUCACCCUCCGAGGGAAAGAGCACCGCGAAGCAGCGCGGAUCAUCGCCGAGGCCUUUAAAAUGAAAGACAAGGACUAUGUCGAUUUUCUAGUCACAGAGUUUAACAUUGCACUUUAGGGGUGGGGUGACUAAAGCCCCAAAGCCAAAUAAGAAAGAGUGAGCAAGAGAGGAUGGGAGAGAACGAAAGGUAAGGAGUGAACAGGGUUCUAAGCAGGUGCCACACAUGUGUGAACAUCUGCACACAGUCACAACUCCCAGGCCAUGCCCAUGGGAAGCCCAGCAUCACACGUUUGCACCUCGCUGGCAUCGGAUAUACGCAGGACUUCCUACCAAAGAGGCUUUGGGUUGGAUGCUCAAAGACUCAACGCUAUGAUAUCCCACUUCUGACACCAUCCCAAGAUGGAUAAGCCUAGGAGAAAAGUCCUGGAGAGGAGGAAGAAAAAGGGAAUGUGGAGGUUGGACCAAGGGAAUCGCCUCCUGAUAUUAAUUCUUGUAGGCCAUCUUCACCUGGCUGGCAAACCAUGGUUUAGAUUCCCCCUUUGUCCCUGUAUUCGAAUGACAUGGUCCAAAAUGCUCACCUGACCUUCUCUAGCUGCCCCCCCUUUGCAUCUUACCGAAGCAUCUUGCGACUGCUUCACAACUCCAAUGAAGUGGAGAGGGAAAGAGCCAAGUAUUGCCCCAUCCCAUCCUUUUGCAUUUCUAGAAGAGGGAGGAACUACCGGGGGUGCAACCACUCCUUUGCAUUGCUAGGAGGAACCACCACUGGGGAGCAAUUGCUCCAUUUGCAUUGCUAGAAGAGCAAGAAAUUACAAGGGGAUGCAACUAGUCCUUUGCAUUGAAAAAAGAGGGAGGAACUACCAGAGGGUGCAACUGCUCCUUUGGCAUUGCUAGGAGGAUGGAACCAUCACUGUAGUGCAAUUGCUCCUUUUGCAUUGCUAGAAGAGGGAGGAACUGCCAGGGAGAGCAACUGCUCCUUUGCAUUGCUAGAAGAGGGAAGAGCCGCCAGAGGACGCAAUUCCUCCUUUCACAUCGCUAGAGGAAAGAGAGAGAGAGGAGCCAGCAGAGGGCACAAUUGCUCCCACUUUGGAAACCAAAUGACUUCUGCCCUUCUGGGAGUGCAGUUUCCACUGUCUGCCUUUCCAUUCGUCCAUAGCCAGCAAUGGAGGAUUGCCUUGUAAAUGGCCAUCGACAUCAUGUUAUUUAUAUAUGAAAUAGGCUGUGCUUUUAAUUUUUCAAUAAAGCAAACACAUUAGAGUUGGGAGGGAAGGAGAGCAAAAAGUGUGUCUUUUUUUGUGUGUGCAACCAAUGGGUUCACAUCAUGUGUGAAACCUCUUGCUGUGAAAGCAGUGUUUGGAG